GUCCUGAACAGCAGCAGCAACAGCAACAUCAUCAGUGGAGCAGCAGUGGAAGCAGCUAGCGACGUUUUUGACAAUUAUAGAAACUUUGAUAUCUGAAUAUCAGAAUACAAAAAGACAAAUCAAAACUUAAUUUCUAUCAAUUUGUUUGUUGUUUAAAAAAGGCAAAUAAAUCGCAGCACAAUGAUGACAAACAGAUUUGCUUUCGCUGCCUUGGCAUUGAUGACCAUCUGCCUGCUGGCCAUUUCGAGAACCGAUGCAGCGCCCAUGCCCAGUCAAAGCUCCAACGGCGGCUAUGGCGGCUACAACGAGCUCGAGGAGGUGCCCGACGACCUCUUGAUGGAGUUGAUGACACGCUUCGGUCGCACCAUAAUACGAGCACGGAACGACCUGGAGAACUCGAAGCGCACUGUGGACUUUGGAUUGGCGCGCGGCUACUCGGGCACCCAGGAGGCAAAGCAUCGCAUGGGCCUGGCCGCCGCCAAUUUUCCGGGCGGUCCUGGACGAAGGCGACGAUCUGAGACCGAUGCUUAAAUUGGGCAACAACUACGAUAAUCACGAUAAUAUCUUACUUCAAGCGAAUUCUACAAAAGGUUACAGCAAGUCUCAAGCAAACUACACUUUCCAUCGGCUUCUGCAAAUGUAUAAUUUUUAGUCGUGUUCCGAUUCGAUUCAAUUACGUUUCUAUUGCAACUUAAUAUAUAUAUAUAUAUACAAAUAUAUAUCGGAAUUACUAUGUAUAACUUAUGCACAACGGAUGCAUAGCACAAAGAGUUUAAAAUGUUCUUAAAUAUGUAUACCAUACUGAAAAUUGCAAAUUGUUGCUCCACUGUUGAAAGAGUUAAUGCACCAUCAAUCUAUAAAUCUUAAGAUCAUGAUCCUCUCUCGCUCUCUCGCUCGUCUAAAUGUUCAAAAACUAAAGAAAAAUACAAAAAAAUAUUAAAAACAUAUAAGCUAAUCAAAUAUUUAGUAACAAGCUAAGAACAAAUACGUUACCACAAAUAAAAAAAUAUAAACAAAUGAACUGUAAUUGAAC